GUCAUAACUAUAUAAUGAGUGUUACACCGUAUUCGUUUACUGGACUCAAAAAUAUGACGACACUACGAUUGGAUUUCAAUUUUAUUAAGGAGCUUCAGCCAAACGUAUUUACUGGAUCAUCAAGGCUACAGAAGCUUGAUUUAGGUAGUAAUCUUUUAAGCACCAUAAAGKACAAGUCAYUGUAYRAUCUCCAAAAUCUUCAAGUCCUGAGUCUCCGAUCCAAUCAAAUCAGCCAUAUCGAGAAACAAGCAUUUAAAUUUGUCAAGAACCUAACACAUUUAUAUCUUCAAAACAAUCUAAUUGAAGCCUUACCCGAUGGAGUUUUUGACAGCUUAGAAAGUCUCAAAGUUCUGUAUUUGAACAACAACAAAUUGAAGAGAGUCUCAAAGAAUACUUUCAGAAACUUGAGAUAUCUUGAAGAACUAUAUCUCGAUGAGAACCACAUUCAAAGUAUAGAUGAGACGACGUUCAGUCACCUGCAGAACCUACGACUACUCACACUAGAUCGCUUCGUCUUCUGCUGCUAUGCUUACAACUCCAUGUUAAACAAGGGUUUAACAUGUAUAUCGCCAUCAUCUGCCUUCUCGAGCUGUGACGACCUGAUGAAGAACAAAGCACUCCAAGUCUUUAUCUGGAUUCUUGGGAUCCUUGCCUUUGUAGGGAAUAUCGGUGUUAUUAUCUGGAGGCUAAUCGUGAAGGAGAGAAACCGAGUCCACUCUUUUUUACUUACAAAUCUUGCGAUAUCUGAUCUUAUGAUGGGAGUGUAUUUACUCAUGAUUGCUAUAAAGGAUCUUGAGUGGAGAGGCGUAUACUUUAAGAAUGACCUUCAAUGGAGAUCAAGUCGUGUAUGCCAGCUUGCAGGAGCACUCUCUGUCAUUUCCAGUGAAGUUUCCGUCCUUAUAUUAACAACCAUAACCGCGGACAGAUACGCAACUAUUGUAUUUGCUUUCAAAUUCAAAAGACUUAAAAUGAAAUCUGCUGCGCUUGUUGUAACUUUGAUAUGGAUCUUUGGUUUUGUGAUAGCAUUAUUCCCCAUGUUGUACAGUGACUACUUUUAUGAUUAUGAUGGGCAAGUGGGCUUUUAUGGAAGGUCAGGCGUAUGUCUUCCUCUACAGCUCUCUCAUGAACGAUUUCCUGGCUGGGAAUACUCUGUAGCUAUCUUCAUUGGUUUGAACUUUAUYGCAUUUAGUUUCAUUUUAGUUGCAUAUAUCAUAAUGUUUUGGAAAGUCCGAAGCUCUAGUCGUUCUGUUCGAUCAACUCAAAUGAACACUGAGUCUGCAUUAGCAAGAAAAAUGGCGUUCAUUAUCUUGACUGACUUCUGUUGCUGGAUGCCAAUUAUUAUCAUYGGAGUGUUGUCRYUGCUAGGGAAAUUUCCAGACCCAGAAAAACUUGCUUAUGUGUGGAUUGCGGUGUUUGUUUUACCAGUGAAUUCAUCGAUUAACCCUGUUUUGUACACG